CCAACCACUUGUGGAGCGGCCAGGAGACCCUUCCCGACUCGCGCGGCUGAGCAGGCUAGGGGUCCAGGGCGGUCCGGCCUGCGUGCCCGCCAGUGGCUCCGGGCGGGCCGGGCGGACGCCCGCCCCGUGGGACUUGCCGGCGGGAGGGCGGACUGGCGGGGUGCUGGGUGUGCGCUGGGCAGCGGCCACCGAAGGAGGAGUCGGCGAGGUGGCGCGGGGCGCGCUCUUUUAACCGGCGGACAGCAACGACCCGAGCGGCAGGCAUGGCAGAGGAGCGGCUGGGGCUCGCGGCCGGCCAGCGGCUUAACGCGCUGCCCGACCACUCGCCGCUGCUGCAGCCGGGCGUGGCGGAGCUGCGGCGCCGUGCUCAGGAGGCGGGCGUCCCGCUCGCGCCGCUCCCGCUCUCCGACUCCUUCCUGCUGCGGUUCCUGCGCGCCCGGGACUUCGACCUGGACCUGGCCUGGCGGUUGCUACAAAACUAUUAUAAGUGGAGAGAAGAAUGUCCAGAAAUAAGUGCAGACCUACACCCUGAAAGUAUCCUUGGCCUUCUGAAGGCAGGCUACCUUGGAGUCUUGAGAUCCAGGGAUCCCACUGGCAGCAAAGUUCUUAUUUACAGAAUCGCACAUUGGGACCCAAAAGUUUACACAGCUUAUGAUGCAUUUCGUGUAAGCCUAAUCGCAUCAGAACUUAUUGUACGGGAGGUAGAAACUCAACGGAAUGGAGUCAAGGCUGUCUUUGAUCUGGAAGGCUGGCAGUUUUCUCAUGCCGUUCAAAUUACUCCAUCUAUAGCCAAGAAAAUUGCUGCUGUGGUUACAAUUCACAUGCAUGGGACCAAUUACAAACAAAGCUUACUUCAGCAUUUUCCAGACAUUCUUCCUCUGGAAUAUGGUGGUGAAGAAUUCUCCAUGGAGGAUAUUUGUCAGGAGUGGACCAAUUUUGUAAUGAAGUCUGAAGAUUAUCUCCACAGCAUUUCUCAGACCAGUCAGUGAGAAGCUUUUAAAAUGUGAAUGGCUUCCUAAUUAAAAAUACAUGAGUGAGAUGCCACCUGGUUACAUGAAAGGAAGAAACAGAGAUAGAGAGAAAGGAAGGCGGGAGGGAGGAAGAAAGGAAGGAAGGAAGGAAGAAAGAACGAAAAGAAGAGAAUCUUUUAAACUAAUUAAUGGUUGAUUGAUAUUUAGAAGUGUAAAACCCUUUAGACAUGAGCAUCGUGGGUGUUUGGGGAGGUUUUUAUUUUUUCAAUGCAGUUUCUUUAGCUUUGAAGUAACUAAAUGUUAGUACACCUUAAAAGCAUAGAAGAGAUUCUUGAUUUUUGCACUUGAAGAGAUUAGGUAGAAAGUUAUUUCUAAAGUAUGUUUUUGUAUAUUUCUGGGAAGUUUCAUUUUAAACAAGUUCCCAGGUUACGUUAGUUUAAUAAUAAAUUUAUAACAUAGUCCACUGAAAAGAAACAUUAGCAAAAAUAGACUGAUAAUUAAAAAACUAUUAACACUCAUUUUGGAUGGCUAUCAGAUUAGACUAAAAUUCAGAUUAGUGAUUUCUGUGGGCCAGCAAGAUAGUUCAUCUCAGGGAAAUUCUAUUUUAGCACAUUUACACAAUAGAAACUGUUGAUUGAAGAAUCUGUAUACUAGCAAUAGAAUCUGCAUACUAUAGGUCUCUAUGAAAUUAAUCUUGUUGAUAUAACUGAUAAACAAAAAUAAUGUAGAAAAUAUUUCAGGCACAGUUGAUGGCUUAU